AUGGGUCCUAAAACCCUCAACCUAUCGCAAAAAACUUCCGACUUUGAUGAAAAUGCCAACAAAACAGAGACGAAUGAGGAUAUUAAUCGACUGCAGCUUAUAUCCUCGUCAGAUCAUGGCAACCACAUAUUGCCUAUGUCGGCGCACGAAACCACUGUGUUCUCGCGAGUGUCGCCGGUCAGAGGACAAUGUCUGAUUAUUCAGGGACUUCCCGAAUCCACAGCUGGUGCCUCCAAAGAGCGGGUCUCGGCAGACCUGAAACUCUUCCAAUGCCUACUCAACGAACUUCUGCGCCCCAAUGAGGAAGUUUCGGUUCUCAAGGCCUUUAGGCUUGGAAAGCGCUCAAUCGAUAUAUCAGAGCACUCACGUCCCCGACCACUCAAGAUUUUGUUAGCCAACCAAGAACAAGUAGGACUUAUUCUCUUACGACGUUUCCGAAUCAAAGACACCAACCGCGGCGUUUUUUUUCAGCCGGACUACACACCGGCAGAGAGAAUAAAACGUCGACAAUUAGUUCUGGAACUGAGAACAAGGUUGCAGAAUGGCGAGACGGAUCUUGUGAUCUACAACAACCAGAUAGUGCAGCGUGAUCUACAACAACCAGAUAGUGCAGCGCCCUCCCCUAAUCCGUUGGACCGAACCGAUCCGGAUGAGGGCACAGUAGCUUCCUUAAAUGGGAUCACAAGCGGCACCAUAAUCAAACGCCCCAAAACUCUGAAACUAACAUUUUUUUACACCAACGUGCAGAGUAUAUUGCCCAAGUUAGACGAACUGAAGAUCCACAUCUGUGACCUUUCCCCUGACAUUGUCUCUUUGACAGAAACCUGGCUGUCUGAAAACGUGGAUGACCGCGAAUUAAGGCUACCAGGAUUUCAGCUGUUUCGAAGAGACAGGAGAGAGCGUCAGGGAGGAGGAGUCGUCACGUACGUAAAACACGGCCUGCUUGUGUCAGAAAAAACAGAACAGUUUGCCUGCAGCGCCGAGACUAUCUGGCUCAAUAUAAGGGUACCAGGAUCACAUAGCCUUGAAGUUCUGACCGUCUAUCGACCACCGAGGAGUGACCCCGAGGCUGACGCUCGUCUGUUAGAGGAGCUAGGACGAUUUGCUCUCCGGCCUGACGUCCUAAUCAUGGGCGACUUCAAUGCACCGCUCAUUGAUUGGAGUUCACUAUACGCGCGCGGCCCAGAACUAGCUUUCGACCGACGCUUCUUGGACAUGGCACUCAGGUCAUUUCUCACACAGCACGUCCUAUUUCCCACGAGGGUCCGUGAGGGGCAGCAGUCAAACUGCUUGGACCUGGUGCUCACGAAAUCGAUGGACAGCAUAGAUGAGGUACAAUGUCUGCCUCCCUUAGGUCGAAGCGAUCACGUUGUACUUCAAUGGGACUAUUCAAUCUUUUCCUUGCCUGAACAGCCCACCAAAAUUAGAAGAAAUAUUUGGCGUGGGGACUUCGAUCAAAUGAAGGCCGAAAUCAACAAUACGGACUGGGAAUCAGCGUUUUCCGGAAAUAUAGAGGAGGAUUGGAAAUGGUUCAGUGAAUUAUUGCAUGCUCUCCUGACAAACCACUGCCCGCUUUCACGGAAGGGGCUAAACAAACGACCCCGGUGGCUGACCCAGGCGUUAAAAAAGGAAAUAAAUAAAAAACGGAGAUUGUGGCAGAAAUCUCUUACUGAUGGGACUCCUGUAUCCAUAAACGCAUACAAAAUACAGAGGAACUUAGUCAAGCGGCUGACCCUCAGGACACGGCAAAAUUUUGAAAAAGACCUAUUGAAUCGUGCUAUGGAAAAUCCAAAAUUAUUCUACAGCUACAUAAGAAGCAGCACACGAAACAGAGAUCCAAUCCCCCUCCUGAAGACUAGCGGAGACGUAGAGAUUAGUGAGGAUGGAGAAAAAGCUGAGCACUUUUCNGGCAAAGCUGUAGAUUUACACAGGCAAAUCGAAACUAAAACUGCCAUCCAAAGGCCUGAGCGUCAGUUUCUAAAGCCUUCCCCAGUUUGCUUGUGCCCGGCGCAGUUGUGAUCGCCGGUCCAGGCGACGUCGAUGAUGCUCCAAAACAGUAGAUCUGGAUAGCUUGACCCAGUUACUUUUGCAGCGAUGAGGACAAAAGGGCCAGGGGACUAUCGGACCAGAUUCUGGGGUGACCACUUCUGUUUGAAAGUGGGUGUUGCAUCUUGGGCAGCAACAGUGAGUUCGUGAGGUCGGUAUCGCGCUAUGUGCAUAAACCAACUCAGUCCUCUUAGGUGUAUGAAGUGUUCGUAACGCCAUGAGCAGAGAAAUCUGAACGAACCGGACGCAGGUAUUUAGAUCAAGGUCUUCAGAAAUAGACAGUAGAAAAAAUCACUGAGGGGACGAAAUGACCUUUCCGGAACCCCAUGGACUGUCAGAUCAGAUUCUGGACUGAACGCCUCUGACAACAGAAACGAAGAGGCAAGUCUCAGGAAGCGGUCGGGAAGAGGGAGACGCGGUCGCUGGAAGUAGAGCUUUAUUAGUCUGAAGUGUCGGACUCACACUCGAAUCCAUCGUCAGAACAGAAUCAGGUAGGGGUAGUGAGUCGCACAAGUGUACCGGUAUUUAAGGGAUGCAGUCGCUAUGCCACUGCGUGCGUGCAAAAAAUUAACAGUUGUCGCAUUCAUCGCAGAAAGAUGCACGCAUUGCGAUGAUUUUCUGACUGAUUAGGCGACGCAAUACAGCGUUGCUAUGCGUCUUUUUGCCCAUCAGAAUUAACGGUCUCUACCAUUUGUCGCAAUGUUCGCUGACAGUAUCGCUUCCAUGGUAGUAAAUUCAGCAGAACCAAGACGCCUGAGUGUGAUGAGUAUAAAGGAGAACCACAACCAGUCCUACGAUAGAGCGCGUAUUAACUUCGGAGUGAAAAACCUGGACCUUUCAUAUUUACUGUGUGUGGAACUUCGAAGGCCCUGAAUGACCGUAAGGCCUCUGUGAGAGGGAAGAGAGACUUUUCGGCGCGACUCGGAUUUACCACUUACUUUCGCUGUCAUCAAAAGUCGAAAGCCCGCCACUCAUCGUCAAGUGAGGAGGUAACUUGAUCCUGCCCAGGACUGGGGCCAGACCCGGGGCGCCCAUCUUGAUGACUUGGGACACAAAACGUGUGCUGUAUGCGUAAAUGUGGUCAUAAUUCCGUCGCCGACGCCCAUCUCCAGUCGUCUUAGUAUUACGUUCAACGACAACGUGAGGGUAGAUGUCCCUAUAUAAAAAAAACUCACGCACAACUCAUCACGGCGCCUCUCACGCGCGACUCUGGUCCUCAUCGCUACGGCGAGCGAACUUUCGGCGGUAGGAGCAGUAUGUCGGUGUAGGAUAUCUUCUCAAAAGGCACUUUGGCGAGCAUACGUCUGCUUUCGAUAAGUUCUCUGCAGGCUUGUAAAUUAUAUUGAAGUAAUGAAUUAAAAGAUACGGGCAAGAAGUUUGCGAAGGGGAGGGGAGAGUGAAACAGCAAAAUUUUAGUCAGGGCCAGGGAGAACGUGGGUCCCGGCGAAGGUAAUUAUAUGCGGAAAACGGGUCUUGGGAUCUUAAAACAUUCAUGAAGCCAAUGGUUUGGAAGUUCAAGUGCGCGAUAUGGUGUAUGAUAGGGACUGAUGAAACUUUAUUUAGGUAAGGUGAAGGCUACAGAAACAGUUUGUAAGCAACUGCAUUUAAGCCUGGUCAUUUCUCCGAGAGAGUUUGGACGAUCAAUCUGGAACGGAAAAAAUAUGUUGGUAUGUGAAUAACCACUUAUUACUGCUGCUUUGCUUUCAAACUUCGAACGCCAAGUAAUAAACUUCCACAAGGAACUCAGAUGUAUUUCCCUAAAGCAGCAAAACCUCUUAAGAAAAUUUCCUUUCACUUAAUGAGCUGCUGAAAUUCCGACACGAACUGGCGACAGGGAUAUUAAGUCCCGGUCAAGUAAAAGUACUCGGAUCUUCGAAAGACACUGGUACGCAUAAAACUGGGCUCACAGAAAAACUGCUUUAGACGCUGAUUUUGUUAGAGUUCCAUAAAAUCAGCCUUUGAGAAGACGGCGGUGAAAAAAAUCGGGCACUGCAACGGCAGAAUGCAAAAGCGAAUAAGCUCGUCUCGUUGCAUCUUAUGAACCCCUGCAUACAGUCGCAUAGGAUACAAUAGAGUGGAACGCCGGGAAUCCAGGUCCCACGGUUGCAGCAAGAAACAUUUUGGGCCCUAGAAGCAUCUUGACCACUCGCAGUUAUGUUUCAUUUGUUAAUAGAAGCGAGGAGGCGAUUUCCAGGGAAGUAGUCGCGAAGAAGGAGACACGAUUGCUGGAUAAAGAGCUUUAUUACCAUAACGGUCCGAAUUAUCACUUCAGUCCGUCAUCGGAGACAGAGUCUGAAAGUGAUAGUGGAUUGCCCAAGUGUUGCAGUAUUUAUAGGAUGUAGUCUCAAGGCUGCCACAUGCCUAUCACAGUUGGCAACUCCCGAGUGCAUCACGGCUCGACUGGCCAGGUGCUGAAGCAUGCAGUUGCCGUGCCGUUGCCAUGCCCCUGUGUGCCGAUCAAAAUUAUCGGCUCCCACGCUCAUCGCACGCAGUCGAGUUACUGACCGCUGGACUUCGUCAUCCGUGUUGACUCUUGGGUAAUUUGGCUCGCCGACAUUGGCAUCAGAAACAUUCCGGGCUCUAGAAGCUUCUUAACCACCCAUAGUUAUUCCUCAUCUGCGUCAGUCCACUCGCAAAUACAUCUGCCCGUAUUCGGACCAGGGGACAGCGAAAUCUUUGUGCCUGGGAUUUUCCCUACGAAAACUAAAACGGUGACGCCCAAAGGGCGACACGUGCAGACCAGAGCGCAGGCGAUUUGGUCGGACGAAAUUGGUGAGUAACUGGUAACGAGGAUGAGAUGGGCGCACAAUUUGAAAGUACAUUUCAAAUAAAUAAGGUCUUGAUAUAUUCAUGCGUUUCUUCAAUUUUCUAGACAACCUCCCCGUAA